CGUGCCGCGAGCAAAGUGGCGACCGGCACCAUGGCCGAGAAGCCGCGGUCCCCGGGCGGCACCGUGGCGGCCGCCGCCUACCCCGACAGCCCCGCCGAGUUCCCCCCGUACCUCCAGGCGGGCGCGAUGCGGCGCCGCUUCUGGGGCGUGCUCAACUGCCUGUGCGCCGGCGCGUUCGGGGCCUUGGCCGCCGCCUCCGCCAAGCUGGCCUUCGGCAGCGAGGUGAACAUGGUGACAUGCAUCCUAGGCAUUAUGGUGAUGGCGACCACCAACUCCCUGAUGUGGACCUUCUUUAGCCGCGGCCUCAGCUUCUCCAUGUCUUCAGCCAUCGCCUCUGUCACCGUGACUUUCUCAAACAUCCUCAGCUCAGCCUUCCUGGGCUACGUGCUGUACGGAGAGUGUCAGGAGGUCCUGUGGUGGGGCGGCGUGUUCCUCAUCCUCUGCGGGCUCACGCUCAUCCACAGGAACCUGCCCACCUGGAAGGACCUGCCACACAAGCAGCAGUAGCGCCAGGCAGGGCUCCUCCUGGGAGGGAUGUCCUGGAUCUACAAGUGGCCCGAUCAUCCGCCAUGGGGAGGUACCAGGCAUGGGGCCCGGCUUGGGACCCACUGUGCAGCCUGCAGGGGCCCAGCGCCAGCCCCAGGCAGGAGGAGACCCAACUGCAGGUGUGUUAUGCCCGCGAUG